UACUUAAACCCUUAUAAGGACCUUUUAUUAGAUUUGUCAGACGAGAGCAAAUUUCGAGAAGCUCUCAGCAAAUUUUACAGUUAUAACGAAGCUGGCAAUGGGGUUCAUCCCAAGCAUCGGACAUCUUUAUUCCGCGUGGUCAUCCCUAUUCUUUAUUCACACAUGCUUUCCCGUGGCAAAGGGAACAAAUCUAUAACAAAGUCUAGAAGAUUUGGCGUUCUGAGUUUCCUGCCUUCACUAGAAAAUUCUGAGUUGACAGCUUUCAUUGAUUUUCUCUGCCGCAACUUUCAUUAUGAAAAAACUUUAACUGUAAGAGAAGUUGAUAUCGAAAGUGUUGUGCCCCUUGCCAGACAACUUGGACUUUUAAAUAUUGUUUCUGAUAUUUUCAAGCAAGUGCGAACAAAGCUAUCGCCUUUUGUUGUUAAAGUCGGAGUUAUCCUUUUACGUUUAAUAAGUGAUGCCCAAUGGCUUAUGACUUAUAAGAAAAGUUUGCUCAGCGAAAAGGUUGCCUCUUCCUUGCGAGAAAUUCGAAAUCGCGGCAUAAACACGUUCGCGCUUCUCUGCGAGAUCAGCGAAGACUUAUCAUUGGAACCUUUCAUACCAUUCAUAUAUGAAGCCAUUAUACUUCCCAGACUGCCUUUUCUUCUUCAAGACAACUUUCAACACCCUUCUGGCUUAAUAACGGCAACUUUUAUAUAA